CCGCGGAGGCGUCAGAGCGGUUGCCAACCUGACUCGUGGAGGUAGGAUGUGCAUAGCUGAUCCCAAACUCCGCGGAAGCGAAACUUGCCGGAAGCCAGGGGAGCCCCCUCAACAGAGCAGGCGCCGCGGGAGUGGAGCCGUUCCGGCCCGAGGCCCCCGCUCCCGGGGCACCCACGCCCCAGCCGAGCGCUACAUUCGGAGCCUCGCGCUCUUCACCAGCAGUUGCUCUCUCGGAUGCAGCGGGUCAGUAGCGGUCUCCCCAACGGGAGCCAGUCUGCUUCCCGAUGUGCCAGCGUUGCCUUCACUGAACAGAACCAGGUGGCCACCCUGCCGGUGCAGCAGCUCACGGACGAUGUGGCAGCUAUGCGGGACAACGUCCAUGCGGAGGAUGGCUUCCAGAUGAAGAUGUAUGCCCAUGGCUUCACCCCCGAGGAGCUGGUGGUUCAGGUGGACGGUGGAUGCCUGAUGGUGACCGGCCAACGGCAACUGGAGGGCUACAGCCCAGAUGGGAGCGGCUUCCGCAUGGCACAGAAGGUGCACCAGCAAAUGCCACUACCGCCAGGCCUGGAUCCCGCCGCCAUGACCUGCUGCCUGACACCCUCUGGCCAGCUGUGCGUUCGAGGCCAGUGCCGGGCGCUGCCUUGCCCUGAAGCCCAAACAGGACCGGCCCCAAGACUCAGGAGCCGCGGCUCUAAGAAGGGUUCCAAACUAGCCUGACCCAGUAAACAACCGUAGUGAGCAACA